AUGGCCGGCACCCCUCCCAUCUCCGUCCAGGCGCGGGUGCUUGCCGGCGUGCUCACAUUUUGUUUUGUGGUGCUAGCUUGCAGGAUAACCGCGGCUAACCUCAUGGAUCAGAAAAUGUCAGACCCACCGUCCAGUUCUCCUAAGCUGCUGACUUUUGAUGCCUCAGUGGUGAACGCCUUUAUUGUCAAGCAAGAGUGGGAAGGUUUGGAUGAUUACCUGGGCAAGUUGGUUGCAACCAUCCUCAACAAGACCCCUGAUGAAGUUGUCAUGACGCAUCCUGGGCUGUUUAUGAUUCCGCGUGAGGAAAGAUUGUUAGAUAUGCUAAGUGAUCAAAAGUUUGAAGAGGCUACUUCUUUCUGUCAGAAAUCUGUAGAGUUAUUUCGAGGAUGCCAAGGAAGAUUCGUAGCUCUUGACCUUAUGCACAAAAUUGAUGAUCUUAACACAAACAAGAUCUAUGCCUGCCAUCAGACGCAGCGCCGAGCCCUGGACAAUGACGAAGUUGAAGGAUUAUGGCAGUUUGCCAUGAAACUACCUAAACUGGAUAAACAGGUUAGGCGGCAUGCAUUUAGGUGCCUAGCCUGUGGGUGGAUUUGUCCUGGAUCACGCAGCAUUUCACAUAUGAGAUCGCACAUCGUGCAGUCUCAAGACUGCGAAGGCUGUUCUAAAGUAACGGAGGACAUGUUAGAUCGUCUGAAGGCUAUAGAUGAGACAAAGGAUGUCCCAACUUUGGAAACCGUUGAGUAUUUAUCCAAAAACAGGAAGACAUUGUCAGAAUCUGUAUCAUCCACACCUGAUAUACAGCUGGAGUCUUUGCUUUCUGGAGAAGUUUUAUCAGCAACAGGUCCAAAGUCAUCGUCUUCAACUUCUGUAAAAGAUAAAAAAGCAAGAAAAGAACCCAUUGGUGUUGCUAACUCACCUUGCCUUGGUACACCCGCAAAGAAGAUGAAACCUCAGCUGGCAGCCUCACAAGCACCAAUGAUGUCAUCUUAUUACCCAGAUGCAGACCCUAAACAUCUCUAUCAGAUGGUGGUGGCGAUAAGGAGUAAAACUGGUGCCCUUGCCCGACAGAUUAGCACAUCUGUGGUACCUGAAACUGAAGCCCGAAACUUCUUUUUCGAGAGACUUAUUGCUUUGCGGGAGGUGGCUCUAGACUUGCAAUCUUUUGCACUAAAAUAUGAACGCAAUUGUUGA